AUGCUCGCCAACGUUGCCGGUGGUUUCUUCUGGAGUAUUCUGAGUUUCGUUAUCCAUCAACUCAGAACAACAGAUCCUGCCCAGCGGCGAGAUGCGUUUCAUUACCAGUGUCAGGCCAUCCUACGGAACAAAGGUGCAGCUUCAGCGGCCUGGGCUCUAUUGAAGCUACCAUUUGCAGAUGACCGGACAUUAUCCAAAGCGACAGCACUGAGACGUGCUCUUGCCAUGACGAUCCCUCCAGUCCUCGUUCUCAGUCUGUUUGCGGCAUCGGGUCUAUUCACAAGCUACAUAACCAAGACGGCGGGCCAAUCGACUCUUCUCUUGGGCCCAGGCUGCGGAGGGUAUGAGUACAAUGCCAGUGAUUUGAGCGUCGUCAUCAGUAAAAAUCUCCAGGAUACCUAUGACGCUGCCACAUACGUCCGAAGAUGUUACCACGAGAAUGCGAGCGAGCUCGACUGCAGCACUUACGUUCGUCCGAAUCUUUCAUUCACUACCAAUCCGAAUGCCUCCUGCCCCUACGCCAACGAUCUGUGCGCUUAUAAUAGCCACGCAGCCCUACAGAUGGAUACUGGCUUCCUAGACUCGCACGCAGACUUCGGCAUCAACGCUCACCUCCAUAAUCGAAUCAAGUAUCGCCGCGUCACUACCUGUGCCCCAGUCAAGCAUGGAUCAGGGUUGGCCACCGCGCAGAACUCUUCAGAAUACGGUUUCAUCCUCUAUAUCAAUGCGGGCGGGCAGUACGCUGAGGGAACAGAAUACCUCAACUACACCUUCUCCUACGCCCCGAUCCCAAGCCUCGACGGAGUGGGUUAUAUGCUGAGCGCUGUUUUCGCGAAAGCCGACCCGACUGGCCUUCUCAACGCAACCCAGAGCUGGGUGCCCGAUCCCGCCAUCAACACCACCGACGCGGACAUCACGAUGAUGAUGCUCAACCAGAAUAACAUGGGCUAUCUGGAACCGAGCUAUGACCCGUGGAUGACCGCCCUCGUGCCCAUAAGCAAUAGUUUGAACAACACGAACUUCACCACUUCGAUGUGGGCGAAGAGCUACCAGGCGAACCUCCUCGUCUGCACCGACCAGUACCAGAUUUGUAACCCGAACCGACCAGGCAACGAGACGACCAAGUGCACCAAGCUCGGCGGGAUCCUGAGUACAUCCUUUGCGAGUUUCACCACCGACCCAACCAAGUACCUCGGGUUCAAUGCGGCCCAGAUCGCAACCAUCGGGCGCUUUCUGUCUGGCAACAAUGACCGGACAUCCGCGAUCGCCCACGGCAACAUCCAAUUCGCCAUCCCUUCAACCCAAUGGCAAACGGAAGUCAUGACCUGGUUCGCCACCUCCCUGGCUAAAGAGCAAGCUUGGGCCGUGGAAUGGGCCACUGCCCCACGCAACUUCCCGGCCAGUUCAUUGCUUGAUACCUCCUCCGUGGGGUGGAAUGUCACCACACCUCUGAACAGCUACGCCCGCGCGCAGUGCACAAAUCAGCUCGUCCACAACGCUGCGGGAUACCAGAAUUUCUCUGUGCUAGGACUGGCACUGACAGUCGCGCUGUGUGGGGCGAUCAUCCUCAUUGGACCGAACGUGGAUUCGGUCGUGGCAUUGCUGCGCUCGCGGGUAGGGAAGGACACGUAUAAGACAGAGCAGUGGCUUGCGGAUGAUGUCUUGGUUCUGCUUCACGGAUUCUACAAGGCGACCGGCACAUGGCGAGGGGAUGAGAAGCAAGGAAUGGUUCCUACUUCAGUGAUCUUAGCACAUAUUUCAGGGGACUUGGGUUCACCAGUAAAUGGCGAGCCGCAGGGGAAGACUGAUAAUGAUGAUAGACAGGGUGUGGAGCAUGCGACUGAGGAGGAGGUGCGCGGCGAAGGUCCGGGUGAAGGGAUCGGGGCGAGGAAGGACGGUUAUGCGGUGGUAGGGCAUCAGGGGAUGGGAGCUUGA